CUUGCAUUGAAGGAACCAUCCCUCCACCUCCACCUCCCGAGAGCGAGCGGCCGGACAGGGUUUCGGUUCGGCAUGGCUGCCCCGGCGGCGCUCCGAGUGGUGAUCCUCGCCGCGGUACUCCUUCUCCCGUUCCUCAGCGUGCCGGGCGCCGAGGCACAGACCAAGAAGUUUUGCCUCACGCAGUUCGCCAUCGCCAGCCAGGCCUGCGCCAUCCUACCACCCACUAGUCCCGAGCACCACCACCACCAUCACGACGACGAGGACAAUGACGAGGACAACGACGAAGAUGAGGACGAAGACGAGGACAAUGAUGAAGAUGAAGACGAGGACGAGGACAAUGACGACGAUAGCGGCGGUGGUGGCGACCGCCGACGCCACCCCCGCGACCAAGACAAGAAGAGCGGCGUCGUCAGUAAACCCGCCAUGUCAUCCGUGAGCAAACCCGCCGCAUCCUCCAUGAUCACCGUCGAGGCGGUUACCGACGAUGACGACCGUAACGACACCACCAGUCACUCCUCCGUGGCCGUGGUGGGAAACGGAAACCACACCCACAGCGGCGGCAGCAUACGACGCCACCGCUCCCGCAGCCGUAGGCGCCGCCGCCACAGACACCGCCGUGGUCGUCUGCGUGACGGCGACGAGAACAAUGACGAGGACGAAGACGAGGAUGAGGACAAUGAUGAAGACGAGGAUGAGGACGACGACGAUGAAGACGACGACGAUGACGAUGAUGAUGACGACGACGAUGAAGACGACCACCGCGCCUAUAGGGACUGCUGCCGGUGGCUGAAGGAGGUGGAGCCGGACUGCGUGUGCGAGGCGCUGCUCCGCCUGCCACCCUUCCUCGUCAAGCCGCAGCACAAGUACACCGUCAAGGUGGGCAACUCCUGCAAGUUCACCUACAGGUGCGGCGGCGUCUGAUGAUGAGCUGAAGGCCGCCGGGCCUGCAUAUGGCGCGAGAGCGACUAGCUUAAUUGUGCUACUUCUGUACGUACCUGCUGUGCCCAUACAUGCGCAUAAAUACGGUAACGGUAUAUAGAUACUGAGUGCUACGUGAUUCGAGAGCGACGACGAUCGAGGAGGAUUCGAGGUCGUCUGGCCUUUUCCCAAAGUAAUGCCAUCCAUCACAGUUAUAACC